UGAAUUUGUGUGAAAUCAUCGUAGGCCUACUUUUUUUUAUCUACCGUAAAAAUUAUCGUUUCCAGCAAAUUUCAUCCAGAAUUUGCCCCCAAAACAACCUAGUCAAUGAUCUCAUGAUCUGAGACAAUGAUUUGGACUAUUUUAAUUGCGCUCACUGUGUGGGCUUCGCCGUGUUUCACGGAGGAACUUGAAGAGGGCAAGUUGAACGACACAUUCGUUGUGGAAGGUAAAGUGUUGGUGACUGGUGUUAAAGCAAGCGACUGGAUCCCACAUACGAGGAUAUUGGUUGAUGGCGGCCAGUACGUAGGAUUUCUUAGAGCCGAUGGCACAUUCAAGGUGAGUGGUGUUCCAUCUGGAUCUUAUGUCGUUGAGGUUGCCAACCCAACAUACAUCUUUGAGCCGGCUAGAGUGGACAUCACAGCCAAGGGCAAGAUGCGAGCUCGGAAGGUCAACCAUGUUCAGAGUAAUGCAGUAGUCACUGUCCCAUACCCAAUGCGGUUCAAAUCUAAACAACACGCCUCGUACUUUCAGAAACGUGAAGAAUUCAGGAUAACUGACAUGCUUAAAAACCCAAUGGUACUCAUGAUGGUGCUGCCACUUCUGUUUAUUGCCGUUUUACCCAAACUCAUAAAUACACAGGAUCCAGAGGUUCAAAAGGAGAUGAUGAAUAUGAACUUGAUGAAUCCCAAAACUGAAAUGCCAGAUUUAUCCGAAAUGGCUGCCAGAAUGUUUGGCGGAGGAAACUCGGCUGCUACGAAGAAAAAAGAGAAGACGACCAAGACUAAGAAAUUAAAGUAGCCGAAAUUAUCGAUGCAGUCUGGAGUAAAAAAUAAAGGGUGGGGAUGGGGGGGGGGGGGGGGCUUGGGUAAAUAAUGUUAUAGAAUUUGGCAAAACAUUUGGGUAUCUUCAUGUGACAGUGAAAUUGAAAUUUAAGUUAACCCAGGUGAAAGCCACAUCCAAAGAGUGACUUUGGCUGCGUCUUCUACAAUGUUGAAGAGUAAGACCAUUCAGCCAUAGCCACUAUCUGCCCUGGCCCAUAUUACAAAUAUGUAAGGAAUUUGAAAAAAUGUUGCCAUCAUGGAUUACUUGGUUGGUUUUUGCUUUAUACGAGCCUCAUAAUCCAUGGUUAUCAACAAUCAAAAUAAACUUAUUUAACCAUUUUGCUAUCGAUUUUUAUCCAAACCAACAUUGUUACAGUAAUAUGUCAGUAAAUUGAAUAUUGAAUAUUUAUAUUGGGAUCCAUUUAAAACUGGCAUCAUCCUUCUGUCAUUUGAAUUGAGAACCUGAUUAGAUCAUAUUUUACACUGAACCCAAAAGUUGUUCAGUGAUAUACAGCCAAUCAGAUGAUUUCAUUGUUUCUCCACUCUUUUUUCAGUACCUAAGAAAAUGGGAAAUUGUUGCCGCUGGGUGCUUAUUUAGGAGUUUCAUAAAUUCAACUUGAAGUAAUACACUUCUGAAUAUAACUUUAUAUUUUACUUGCACCUUUUUCCUUACAAUGUAUUUAUGAAAGGCACUUUAUGACCUUGAGUUGGGUAUUAAUUGUGUAUCUUUGAUUCUCUUAGUCUAAGUAUGGCAGGUAGGUAAUGGGAUUGUGCCUUUAAAGGCAGUGGACACUAUUGGUAAUAACUCAAAAUAUUUAUUAGCAUAAAACCUUUCUUGGUAACGA